AAUAUUUUUUGAGAAAGAAGGAUGGGAGGAGACUUCAUCGCCAUUCACUUACGAAGGGACGGAGCACGCCGGCGAUCCCCCGUGCAGGCAGUACCUGUGCAGCCGCACAGGAAGGAAGCCACCGGAGACGAUCCGAGGCGGCAGCGGCGUCCCGAAAAGGUGUCUGCUGACACCCGACGCGCUGGGACGCCUGUGCGCACGAGCUCGCGCCGAGAGGAGACACCAGAUAGAUGCCGACGGCGGCGACGGCGGCGCACGGGUACAGCGGAUCUGGCGCCCGUCUUCUUGCGUCCGGCUAGGACACGCGACACCGACAACGACGACGACGACGACGUAGUGGGCGCCUUCCUGCUGCUGCACAUAGUCUUGCACUUCGGCGGCACCCACGCUGUCGCCGCCAGCCAUGUGGAGCUCGCAUGGAACAGUAUACCCCGUCGUCGCGCCGCUCCGAGAACAAUGGCUGCGCGGCACAACGCGAGCCGUUUCCUGUUUUAUUCGCGUUCUGGCGCGAUAGCGCGGAAUUCGUGAUUGCGAAAGAUCGGUCCCACAAGUUGGUGCGUCGGCGUGCACGGCGCUCUCUCACAGACGGCGUGUUAGCAAUCCGUGGUGCGCAGUAGAUGCGUGUUUUGAAGAUCAGAACUAUGCACCGAUACGCCGAUAUACACUAAUAUACACUUAUGCGCUGAAAUGAAAUGGAUGAGCACAUUUUAUUCCCCACGAAAACUACAAUUACUUUCACGGAUAGGGAAUUCAGGAACAACGCAUUACGUUGCUGUCAUGUUCUGCGAUGGCACUUGCUUAUUCUGUGAUGCAACAGAUCUAAGCACGCAUUGGCAGCACGCAGUGGCGUAGGUAGAAUUU